GUGAGCUGCUUUCUUUUUCUACUCCCCAAGCAAAGCAAACCAAAGCCCACACUCAAAGCGUGAGAGAGAGAGGGAGAGAGAGAGAGAGAGAGGGAGAAUGGCGCCGGAGAAGAGGAAUCCGCGGUCAACGGCGGAUCUGCUCAUCUGGUCGGAGACGCCACCGCCGGAUCCGCCGGCGGUACAAGCGCCGCGACCUCACCAGCAACCGGCAGCGGUCGCGAAGGUGCUGUUUGGAGGUCAGGUGACUGAGGAGGAGGCUGCUAGCUUGCUUAAGAGGAAACCUUGUUCAGGAUCGAAGUUAAAGGAAAUGACUGGCAGUGGUAUAUUUGUUGGUGAUGAUGAAAAUGGUACAUCGGAAUCUGGGGGCACCUUUUCAACUCCGAACAAUAAAACAAGUGUUCGAAUCUGUCAGCAAACAAUCAAUGCAAUGAGUCAGAUCUCAUUCAGUGCUGAUGAGAGUGUUUCACCCAAGAAGCCAACUUCCUUGGCUGAGGUAGCAAAGCAGAGAGAAUUAAGUGGGACUCUUGAUAGGGAAUCAGAUGCCAAAAGCAAGAAGCAAAUAUCCGAUGCAAAGUGCAAAGAGCUCAGUGGGCAUGAUAUCUUCGGUCCCCCACCUGAGAUUCCCGCCAGACCUUUAGCUGCCCGUAAUUUGGAGAAGGAGAAGGAAAUUGGAGAACCUCUGCCACGGAGCAUACAUACUUCUGUAAAAGUCUCUAAUCCUGCCGGUGGUCCAAGCAGCAUGAUAUUCAGUGAGGAAACUCCAGUCAAGACAGCAAAGAAAAUCUACACUCAGAAAGCAGCAGAACUCUCUGGUAAUGACAUCUUCAAAGAAGAUGCACCACCAGGAUCAGCUGACAAACCCCUCAGCAAUGCAAAGCUAAAGGAGAUGACUGGCAGUAACAUUUUCGCAGACGGAAAAGUCGAGUCUAAAGAUUAUUUUGGCGGCGUUCGCAAGCCACCCGGUGGGGAAAGCAGCAUUGCACUGAUUUAAUUGUUCUAACCAUCCUUGUUUUUCAAUCUGGUGUUGGAAAAACAAAUGGAUAUUUAUUUGAAAUGUAGAACAGGAAGAUCAGUGUGUUGUGAUGUGGUGUUGUGUGAUGGAAGGGACUUUGAUCUUAACUAUUGCGAACUUUGGACUUUAA